AGAACCGGUCCACACACGAGGUAAUCGUUCCCACUCCGUUGUUCGUUUGCCGUCUCCCGAGAGUUCGCCGCUCUGCUCAUUUCUCUUUCCGCAACAAUCCGAAAGUCAUCGCCGCCGCGAUCGUUUGCACGUCAAGUGUCCGCCUGUGCCUGUGGAUCGCGUUGAACAUCGGUCAAGAUGUUGCUCGUACAACCUACGGAGGAAAUGUCCAAGCAGAUACGAGUGGAGCUGAAUGAGAAUCCAGCAACGCGUGAUAAAGAUCUCGAAAUUAUCAAAGAAUGGCUUUCCAAGCAACCGCAUUUACCUAAGUUUGAUGAUGAUCAAAGAAUAAUGACCUUUCUGCGAGGAUGCAAAUUUUCCUUGGAGAAAUGCAAACGGAAGCUCGACAUGUAUUUCACAAUGCGCGCGAUAGUCCCCGAAUUUUUCUCCAAUCGCGACAUCACGACGCCGUCGAUGCAAGAACUAAUGAAGUACAUACAAAUACCUCCUUUACCGGGUUUGACAAAGAAUGGACGCCGAGUGAUCGUGAUGCGAGGAGUCACUAAGGAUGUCCCAACUCCUAAUGUAGCGGAAGCUAUGAAGGUUGUGUUUAUGAUCGGCGACAUUCGUCUGAGGGAGGAGAAAUGUGGUGUGGCCGGCGACGUCUACAUCCUCGACGCUUCCGUCGCGACGCCCACGCAUUUCGCCAAGUUCACGCCGGCCAUAGUGAAGAAAUUUUUGGUCUGCACGCAGGAGGCAUAUCCGGUGAAGUUGAAGGAAGUGCACGUGAUAAACGUCAGUCCGAUCGUCGACACGAUCCACAAUUUCGUCAAGCCGUUCCUAAAGGAGAAGAUACGCAAUCGCAUCUUUAUGCAUAGUGACAUUAAGACGCUCUACGAUUACGUACCUCGAGAAAUAUUGCCGACCGAGUACGGCGGCGACGCCGGACCCAUCCAGGAUAUACAUGAAAUGUGGAUGAAGAAGUUGGAAGAAUAUGGACCGUGGUUCGCGGAGCAGGAAGCUGUGAAAACUAACGAGGCUUUGCGACCAGGUAAACCAAAGACGCAGGACGACCUAUUCGGUCUCGAUGGAUCCUUCCGGCAGCUGACGAUCGAUUAAAUCGUUUAACAUGUCCUGGGUCUUAUUCCGACUUGUGAUAUAAAUUUUUGUACAAUUCAUGCCCGAUACAGUGUAUCUUCAAGAUAACGUGACCAGAUACAUCGCAGUAUAUAGUAGUAUAUAAAAUGUAAUAUAAUUUUAUUGAAAAAUUUGCCAGAAAUAUAACAAAAAUGGCAAAUAUUAUGAACAAAUGUAGCUCGAUGCUAAUAG